UGUCAGCACAGCCGGGUGAGAGACCUGCGACGUGCUGAUGCUGGGCCCAGGCGGGCCGAAGCGUGCUAGGUUUCUCUCCCUAAGCAAAGACCCCAUGUUACCGCUUCAGAGGUUGAGGAGGAGUUUCCCCUACUGCGGUGUUUCCACAGUUAAACAUUACAACACGGCUGCGAAGGAAAACCGGUACAAUUUAAAAGAAAAACAAGCUUGCUGCAGAACGAAUAGUACGGGGAGGAAGAGCCUUUGUGGCAGUGCUAGGUUUUAUUGCGAUUACUGUGACACAUACCUCACCCAUGACUCGCCCUCUGUGAGAAAAACCCACUGCAGUGGCAGAAAACACAAAGAGAAUGUGAAAGACUACUAUCAAAAAUGGAUGGAGGAACAAGCUCAGAGCCUGAUUGACAAAACGACGGCUGCAUUUCAGCAAGGGAAAAUCCCACCUACGCCGUUCUCAGCACCACCUCCUGGGGGAGCCAUGAUACCACCUCCUCCCAGCAUCCCUGGCCCCCCACGACCUGGUAUGAUGCCAGCCCCUCAUAUGGGUGGACCUCCAAUGAUGCCAAUGAUGGGCCCGCCACCACCAGGAAUGAUGCCAGUUGGGCCUGCUCCAGGGAUGAGGCCACCGAUGGGAGGACACAUGCCAAUGAUGCCAGGGCCUCCAAUGAUGAGACCGCCAUCCAGGCCCAUGAUGGUGCCAACCAGGCCAGGAAUGACCCGUCCAGACAGAUAAAGGUGGAAGUGGAGCUACACUUUUUUUUUUCCACAUUAUGAUCUUCCAUACAAUAAAACAGCAUAGACCUAGGCCCCUAGGAUUUUGUAUUAAAACAGUGUGUAGAGGAGAUAUGCUGCUACUUCAGAUUGCAGAUAGUCUGACCUGUAUGCACACUGGACUUAAGCAUUUGUAACUGUUCCCCUCCCUUCCCCCCACCCCCCAAAUUCUAAAACACAACAAUAAAACGUUGAUGCUGGUUUGUGUAA